UCUUUUCGUCUGCUCUGCCAUUACUACCAAAUUCUACUUUCAAUCAAACUGGACGUCGAAGUCAUCGCUCAAGAGUUGUGGUGCCACGUCAUCAUCAGUAUUCUUCAAUGGCAUCCAACUCUAGACGAGUUGGGCUGAUAUACGAUGAUCAAAUGUGUAAGCAUUUUGAUCCAGACGAUGAGUAUCAUCCUGAGAACCCGAAUCGUAUACGUUCCAUUUGGAAAAAGCUAGAAUCUUCUGGAAUUACUCAGAGAUGUAUUGUUAUGAAUGGGAAGGAAGCAGAAGAUAAAGAUAUAGCUUUGGUUCAUACAAAAGCUCAUAUUGACUUGAUUAGGAAUAUAAGUUCAAAGAAAAUUGGUUUAAAAAGAAAUAAGAUUGCUGCCAAGUUUAAUUCCAUAUAUUUCAACGAAGGCUCUUCAGAAGCUGCUUAUCUUUCUGCUGGUUCUGUCAUACAGGUUGCUGAGAAAGUUGCUGAAGGAGAACUAGACUCUGCCUUUGCCGUUGUUAGGCCUCCUGGACAUCAUGCUGAAGAAAAUGAAGCAAUGGGAUUUUGUUUGUACAACAAUGUCGCUAUAGCAACACGUUAUCUCUUGGACGAAAGACCUGAUUUGGGGAUUAAGAAAAUUUUGAUUGUUGAUUGGGAUGUCCAUCAUGGAAAUGGCACUCAAAAGAUGUUCUGGGAUGACCCUCGAGUACUCUUUUUUUCUGUGCAUAGGCAUGAUUUUGGAAGUUUUUAUCCUGGUGGUGAAGACGGGUCACAUGUCAUGACUGGUGAAGGGCCAGGAGCAGGAUAUAAUAUAAAUGUUCCUUGGGAGAAUGGCCGCUGUGGUGAUGCAGACUAUCUUGCUGUGUGGGAUCAUGUCUUGAUUCCUGUUGCCAAAGAAUUUGGUCCUGACAUCAUCCUGAUCUCUGCAGGAUUUGAUGCAGCUGUUGGUGAUCCUCUUGGUGGAUGUCGUGUUAGUCCAUAUGGAUAUUCUGUGAUGUUGCACAAGUUGUUGGAGUUUGCCGGAGGAAAGAUUGUAAUGGCACUUGAAGGUGGAUAUAAUCUGGAGUCUAUAGCAAAUUCUGUCCAAGCUUGUAUUGAAGUUUUACUACAGCAAAAACCGAUUGCUGGAUCUUCUGAGGCAUAUCCAUUUGAAUCCACAUGGCGAGUGAUACAGGCUGUACGUGACAAGUUGAGUGCAUUUUGGCAACCACUUGCAGAGAGAUUACCGGAGAAAACAACUAGUAUGAGAACUCCUUACAUUCAGGUCAUUAGCUCUGAUUCUGAAGAUGAGUACGAUACCACUCAUACGGUUUCACAAGAACUCGAGAAGGAUAUUGAGAAUAUCAUACAACCAUUUUCAGACCUGAAAGUUAAUGAUGGUCAAGCAUGCACAAUUUCUCACUCUUGGAGAGCAGAGCUUUCGAAGAUUGAUAUAUGGUAUGCCACAUUUGGGUCAAAUAUGUAUCAAUCAAGGUUCCUUUGCUAUAUUGGAGGAGGACAGGUGGAAGGCAUGCAAAAGCCAUGUAUUGGUUCGUUGGAUAAAAGCAAGCCAAAGGAGAUCAUAUGGAAAACUUUUCCUCAUCGUCUGUUCUUUGCUCGCGAGCGUACAGCUACAUGGGGUCCGGGUGGGGUUGCUUUUCUUCAUCCUGAAAGCAACAGUGACGAAAAAGCUUAUAUGUGCCUAUAUAGGAUAACGCUUGAGCAAUUUAAUGAUGUUUUACUUCAAGAGAAUGUUUCGAACUUUGACAUGAACUCCCCUUUGUUUGACUUGACUGACUUACAAUCUAUUGAAAACAGCAAAUGUGUUUCAGCAGAGGCUGUCAAGAAUGGCUGGUACCAUAAUGUUCUUUACCUUGGGAAGGAGAAUGGUCUUCCUAUUUUGACAAUGACAUGCCAACUCUCAGAUAUUGAUAACUUCAAAUCAGGUAAAGUACUUAUGCGCAAACCAUCUAAAGAAUAUGCCAAUACUCUGAUUAGAGGGUUGGUAGAAGGAAAGCAGCUCUCAGAAGAGGAAGCCACCACUUACAUACAAGAAGCAGCUGGCAGAGCAUUGUGACUACGGUUUCCUUCUUGUUUCUUUAGCUGCUAGAAAAUUAUGUGACUGCCUCGCAACAUAUGCUCCAGAACUGUUAUUGUACCAUUAAUUUUUGAUGAAGCGACUGCUAUCAUUUUUUUCGGUCCAGGUGUAUAUAACUUGUAACAUCUGACAUAGAUGUUUGCCUGUACAUAAAUUAUAGGAUUGACAUAGAUUUUUGCCUAUGUGAAUUGUUCUCUACGGGUUCUCUACGGCCCUCUA